AAAGAUAACAUAACGUGAGCAGCAAUUGAGAACGAAUGUAUAGGAACCGGAAGUUUUACAUCGAUAAAGUCUUAGAUGCGUAAUUAUGGCGAGAAAAGUAACUCCAAAAGUGGCGAUGGCAUUUUUGAAAGUCAUAAUCGUUUUAUGUUUCUCAUGGCCUCUCCUGAAGACCGCUAGUAGAUUUCAAGUCAUACGUUUCAAAACUUUGCGCUUCUUGUUCUGCAUGAAUGUGAUAGUAUUGAUCGUGCCUAUGACAUACACUAUUUACUAUAAUGACUAUGAUUUGCCAAAGAUAACGAAGCUAUGGUGCUUAUUGGGAGCCUUUGUGCAGGUCCCUCUGGAAAUAUCACUACUCGGUGUGCAAUAUGACCGUUUGCAAAAUUUGAUUUCAGAGAUGGAGUAUAAUUUCGAAUGUGCGCAAGUGCACGAAAGAGACGUAUACCAACGAUACACCGACAAAUGCGUGCCUUUUUACGCAGCCUUUACGUUCGCGGUUUUUCUCACUGCGAUCGUAAUGUCAAUAGUUACGCCAUUGGUGGAGGCCGAUCAGGCUUUUCCGACAGAAGCGAAGUAUCCCUUCGACGUGGAACGUGAACCGGUCAAGACUUUUAUCUUUGUGCAUCAGUUUAUCGCCAUUUGGCAGUGCUUCUCAACUGUUUGCCUCAGCAGUUUUAUCGGUUUUCUUAUAUGGUUUACCGCAGCGCGUUUCGAGAUCUUGUCUCAACAAUUUCGGGCUGUCAACGGAACCGAUGAGAUUAUCGCGUGCGUACACCGACACAUCAAAUUAUUGAGGUAUGCUCAAGAGGUAAUCAUUGCCUUUCGUUCAGUAAUAUUAGCGCUAAUAAUCAUUUGCACAUGGACAUUUAUAGCUAGUGGUUUAACAAUUGUAAGCCAAAGUACAACAGCAGACAAAACACAUUUCAUGAUUCUAUGGAUAACUGGACUUAUAGAAGUUUAUGCAUGUGCUUGGCCAGCCGAUCACUUAAUGGAUGCAAGUACUGAUGUUGCACAAGCAGUAUAUGAUUCAGUGUGGUAUAAUCAAAACGUUAACUUCCAAAAAAGUAUAUGGUUUAUCUUGCUAAGGAGUCAGGUACCAACGGCUGUGUCGGUUUCUUCUUUCAUACCAGCUAUCUCGUUACGUUAUUACGCGUCGUAUGUGUCAACAGCCUUCUCGUAUUUAAUGACAUUACGAAUUGUAUUUCUGGAGGACGACGCAACUAAAAGUUAAAUUUCGAAGUUACAUAAAUUCCGAAAGAUAGCUCACUGAUUUUAUUCACCAAUAAAACUAUAUUACUAUUUCGCAUAAAAGAACACCUUCACUCCGAAGAUAUUCCCUUUAAAAAAAGGCAUGUGAUCCAAAUCUCGAAUGUAUCGAAGUCGUAUCGAAACGUUGCAGCCUCAUUUCCGCAAUGCUAAUUGGUCAUUUCGAUGUCAUGUUGCGACCGCCUUCGUGUUGUUGGGGCUGUCAUC